AUGGCAAAAAUUUGUUUGUUCUCACUCUUCAUAGCAGUUUCAUCAUACAUAACUAUUGAUUCAGGAUCCUAUCUUGAACUAAAUCGCACAUUGAAUUUCGACUGUAAAAACAAUUACUAAACUACAAGAACCAUUGCAUUUUCAGAUACGUUUCAAAAUAUUCCUUAGGUGUUUGUAUAUUAAUACUAAUUCGACAUUACUAAAUCUUCGACUGAAUAUUAAUUUUCAAUCACUAGCAUAACAAAUAUUAGUAGACUUCUAUAUUAUAAUUUAGAUUUUUCAUUUUUAGUGAAAUGCAUCAGUACUCUUGUAUAUUCUAUGAGAUAUGAAUGGAUAGCAAUCGAUGAUCAACGAGUUUAAGUGAUAAAUUAAUUUAAUAUGAACCCGCCGCAAGAUAAAGUGUUUACUCAUUAAUUACUAAAUGCUGAUCUUGCAAUAAUAGGGAUCACAAGCUUAGGUUAUGUUGGUUCAAUCGACUUUUAGUUAUCUGUAUUAAUUGUUUAAUAAUUUAGAUAACUGAGUUAACUGGAAACAGUGUUUCUGUCGGAAUCACAAAAGUCACUGAUAAGUUUCAAAAUUUAGUGCAAAUAGGUUAUCAAAUCCUAUUAGUAUCUUCCAGAGACGCCAUUAAUAAUGGACUGAUUACAUUCUAGCCAAAUUAUACUAGUCCUAUAAUGAAUUUAGAAUAAAAUAAGUUGUUAAUAUUACCAAUUCAAGGAAUAAAUUAUGGUUAUACAACUUCAUUAACUGUAAGAAUGUCGAAGAUCAUAGAUGGUUCAACUAUUAAGUUUAGUUUUGAUCGGUGUAAGAAUCAGUGUUAAAAAUAGGGACAAUUGAUACCUGCAAAUAUGUAGCUUAAAGUAUCUGGUUGUCAUAGUUGAUUGCAGCGAACUAAGCACUCUAAUGCAAAACUUUAAGAAUAAGUUAAAAAUUAGAUUAUUCACAAUGCAGUAGACCAUUAUUUGAAAUCUAAAUACUUUAAUCAAAUUAGAUAUUCAACACGAUUGGACAAUUUACAACAAAGGUCUUUAAACCUAUAAUAAAUAUUGAUUUCAUUCUCUUAGUAAAUUGUAUUACUAGAAAGCACGUUGUCUCUUAAUUUAAUAAAUGUAAUGCUUGUCCCACAUAAAAAUAUUAUUAAUUUAAUCACUAUUGUCACUCAUAAAUUAAUUUAAUUAGUUAUUUUCCUAAGUUCACCUAACCAGAUUCGGUUAAUUAAGAGUUCAUUAUUACAAUAACAAGUUCAAGCUGCACAAUUAAGUAGAUACUUUAUAAUUAUGUGACAACAGAAUAAACGAUUAUAAAUAUUCAAAUAUAAUGA